AGUAUAGCACAGCGACGUGGCACCAGAUGGUAUCCACAGACAUGGUCUUCCCCGCACAGCACCACCCCACACUCUACUUCGAGGACGGUAAUGUCGUGCUCUCUGCUGUGGCUGCAGACGGUCAGCGACGGUACUUCCGCGUACAUCGUUCUAUCCUCUGUCGCUACUCCCCCGUCCUCGAGGAGAUGUUCCAAAUACCACCAGCCGACGACGAAUGUUACGACGGCGUCCUCCACGUUGAGAUGCCGGACAGCGCAGAAGAACUGGGAAGCCUUCUUGGAGUGUUGUAUGACCCUCUCGGGACAGCUUAUAAACGAUUUUGUCCCAACACUCCCGUGCUCGUGCACGGGACGCUCAAGCUUGCGAUCAAGUACGAAUGCGAAGCGCUGCGCUCUCGCGUAGUCGAGAACAUCGAAGCCGACUGGCCCCAAACGCUCGCCCAGUGGGACGCGCGACGACAGGAGACGAUCAUAGCCCGCUCCGAGCACUACCUCCGCACCAACGGCAAGGUCGAUGGCCUGUAUCUCGACGAUCGCCUUCCCGAACCCGCUUCGACGAUUCGCAUCGCGUCGGACUUCAACAUCCCGAGCAUCCUCCCGGCUGCAUUCUACCAGCUCUCGCUGAUAAGCACAGAUGCGGAUUGGGACGGCUACCGCACCAACCUCACCACUGAGGGGAAGCACCUCCGCUUUGGCGCGCGCACUGCGCGCUGGAAGCUGCUCGACAAGCGGGACCUCAUGCGUCUCGUGCACGGACAGAAGCUUCUCGCAGCGUACACACGCGCCAUCGGCACCGACAUCUUCGGGAUACGGUGUCCCCGCAACUCGCAAGGGUGCUCGCGUGCACGAAGCGACUGCUGGAAGUACAUGCAGGAGAACGCGCCGGUGUCGAUGGACGACCCGCUCGAGAUCCUCCACGAUUGCAUGUCGCUGAACGAGUUAUUCACGAACAACGACCUGCCAUGCGAGACCUGCACAUCGGAGAUCUCGCAACUAGCAGAAAAGAAGCGACGCGAGCUAUGGCGGAGCCUUCCUGCUUUUUUCAACCUUGCAUAAUUUUUUAUGUCUCUGGACUGACAUAUACCCCGUCCGCGCUUCUUCGGCUUACUUAUCAUGUUUUUAUGCAUCACUUCCGUCGCCGAUUUCUUGGAGCAUUCUGUAAAUUUACUUGUGGCGAUGUUUGCUGUGUCGCCUUCUUCUGUACAAGUGGACAGCACUGCGCAUAUAUGUAAAACAGUGUAUAGUACUUGGCCCUGGAAUUUCUUAUCUACACCCUAUGAGGGCCUGACCCGUCAUCAGUCUCCCAGUCUUCUAGGAGAAGCUUGCGACGGUCCUUCUUUCGUAUCGGCGGAUGAGCCCCACGCUGAAAAAGAUGGAAGUUACGCUCAAGGUGACGGACUACGCCCCACCUUUCCUCAGGAAGGUCAUCUUCCCAGCGAUCCUCGAUGGGCCAGCCCUUGACUUCUGAAAUGGUCUGGACCAUAUCCCAGGUUUGAGAGGUCAGGUGAGCCGCAUUGUUGUAAUCUGACUCAGCCAUGAGUCGCUUCGGAGAGCACUCGCGGAUGAGUUCUCUGUGAUUCGGCGAUCGCGAGUUAAUGACAGUGGAGAGAGAAAGGAAAACGUUAUUGUGUUUCCUCUCAAUGUCCUUCCAUGUCUGUGUACUCAAUCCACAGCUGUGCAUAUCAACGCUGAUUUUAUACCAUGCCUCGCCAUGCCUCGCUUUUAACCUAUCCAGAAGCUCCGCCGUUGCCUGUUGGCUCUUCACACUGUGAAAGCUAACAUUCCGCUUCAGCUUCACAGCCAAGUUAAAUUGCGCUUCGAGUACGGCAAGCUGGUGCUCCAGUGGGAUGGUGAACGGCGACAGGUCGCGCCUGUUGUCGUUUAGGACAUAAGGUGGAGGGGACGGCGGGGCGUACGGUAUGCGGCACGCGCGGUCGAGCCCGACUUCGCCGAGCAUGGCGUCGGGAAACACAGCCAGAUUCGCUUCGAGCUCUGCAAUUACAUCGGAGAGUAGCGUUGGGUCAGGCAGAGAGGAGAGGAGUUUUUCGAAAGCUUCGACGCUCUGCGCUUUCGGCGCGGGUUCGGGAAGGAACAAGGAGCGGUAGUGUGCCUCCCGCGACUCAUACGGGCGGACAGCGAUCCAGUGCGUAAACCAAGGAUGGUAGCCUGCAGAGCCUGGCGUGAGCGACAGACGUGCCAAAAAUCGUCGAUGUGCUGCCCAGACACAGAGGAGGGCUACAGACCGAAGCAAGGGAUCACUUUGUUCGGGUGGGCCCGCGCGAGAGAUACCACGAGAGCUUGGUCGUUCCCGCGUGUCGCCAUGGCACAGAUACGGAUGGGUAGAGAGCGCAUAACAUCGUCUGAG